CCGGAAGUUGAAGGGGACGGGGUUGCUAUGGUUGCUGCAUGGGCCUAAGAGACCCCCCCCCCCCCCCGACAAGCCAGGCUGAGGCCCCAGUAUUUUAAGUUGCCGGCAAGAUGACUCAGGCAGAAAUUAAACUCUGUUCCCUCCUGCUGCAAGAACAUUUUGGCGAGAUUGUGGAAAAGAUAGGGACUCAUCUUAUCAAGACAGGCAGCCAGCCGCUGAGAGUGAUUGCCAAUGACACAGGGAUGUCGCUAGAUCAGGUUAAGAAAGCUCUCUGUGUCCUCAUUCAACACAACCUGGUAACCUACCAGCUGCAGAAGCGAGGCUUUGUGGAGUACGAAGCUCCGUGCAGUCGGGUGCUGAGGAUCCUCCGGUAUCCGCGUUACAUCUACACUGCCAAGACCCUCUACAGCGACAUGGGCGAGCUGAUCGUGGAGGAGCUGCUGCUGAACGGCAAAAUGACCAUGAGUGCUGUGGUGCGGAAGGUUGCGAACAGGCUGACGGAAACUAUGGAGGAUGGGAAAACCAUGGACUAUGGCGAAGUCUCCAACACGUUUGUGCGCCUAGCGGACACGCACUUCAUUCAGAGAUGCCCAAUGGCCCCUGAAACUACCGAGACUUCGGAUGCGCCACCACCUCCUGCGCCCACUUUGGCAGUUAAUGAGAAGGACAUGUACGUGGUCCCCAACCUGAAUCUUAUAGGGAAAGGGAAAAGGAGAAGAUCAUUUGACGAUGAAGAUAACGGUGAACACAAGGCAAAAAGGCAGAAACAAGAUGCAGACAGCAAAGAGCCCCCGCCUGAUGACGGCAUUUAUUGGCAAGCCAACAUCGAUCGGUUCCACCAGCACUUCCGAGACCAAGCCAUAGUCAGCGCCGUGGCCAACAGGAUGGACCAGACCAGCAGUGAAAUAGUGCGGACUAUGCUGAGGAUGAGUGAAAUUACUACAUCUUCCAAUGCGCCUUAUACGCAGCCACUGUCUUCCAAUGAGAUAUUCAGAUCUCUUCCAGCAGGAUACAACAUUGUGAAACAAAUUCUGGAUCAGUAUCUCACUCUGCUAGCCGAUGACCUGCUGGAGUUUGUUGGUAAAUCCGGGGACAGUGGGGGCGGCAUGUAUGUCAUCAAUCUCCACAAGGCCCUUGCGACUUUGGCAACAGCAACUCUGGAAUCCAUUGUACAGGAGAGAUUUGGUUCCCGUUGUGCAAGGAUCUUCCGGCUGCUUCUGCGGAAGAAGCAUUUGGAACAGAAACAAGUGGAAGAUUUUGCCAUGAUUCCCGCCAAGGAGGCAAAGGACAUGCUGUAUAAAAUGCUGUCUGAGAACUUUGUGUCCUUACAGGAGAUUCCAAAGACUCCCGACCACGCCCCCUCCAGGACGUUCUAUCUGUACACAGUGAACACGCUGUCCUCUGCGCGGAUGCUGUUGCACCGGUGUUAUAAGAGCGUGGCCAACCUGAUUGAAAGGCGACAGUACGAAACCAAGGAGAACAAGCGCUUGCUGGAGAAGUCUCAGCGGGUGGAGGCCAUCCUAGCGUCCAUGCAGGCCACGGGCGCCGAGGAGGUGCAGCUGCAGGAGAUCGAGGAGAUGAUCACAGCCCCAGAGCGCCAGCAGCUGGAGAACCUCAAACGCAACGUCAACAAGAUCGACGCCAGCGAGAAUCAAGUCGACGAAACCAUCUUUGUGCUGGAGUCGUACGUCGAGAGCACCGUGAAGAAGCCGUGAGGACGCCCCCUGCUGGCAGACUGCAUCCCUUUCACCACGCCAGUCACGGCACUCUGGGUGGAACUGUCUGCUUCCUGCGUGGGGGGAAGUUUUCAGACAGCUGUUCUGAGUUUUUAUUUAUUUUUACUGUAUGUUUAACAUUGAUUGGAGGCGAAAUAAAACGCUGACGGCGCUGA